GCUGUCAGCGGCGAGAGGAGAGAGGAGUGCGAAUGAACGAAACCAAGAAGUGCCGUGGAAACUGCAGCUAAAUCCGAUAAAACACUUAAAAUUUGUCAGUGGGUAUUGACACUGAAGUUAAAAAAACAGACGCCCUUCAAUUAAAUUACAUUAUUUAGAUCAAGUGUAUUUAUUUCAGAGCCAGAUCUGAUAUAUAAACGAGCCAUGGCGUUGAAAAGAAUUCAAAAGGAACUGACAGAUUUACAGAGAGAUCCUCCAGCACAAUGCUCAGCGGGACCAGUUGGGGAUGACUUGUUUCACUGGCAGGCAACUAUCAUGGGGCCGAAUGACAGUCCUUACCAAGGAGGUGUUUUCUUUCUGACAAUUCACUUCCCUACAGAUUACCCCUUCAAACCACCAAAGGUUGCAUUUACGACGAAGAUCUACCACCCCAAUAUCAACAGCAACGGUAGCAUUUGUCUGGAUAUACUGAGGUCGCAGUGGUCACCUGCUCUCACAGUAUCGAAAGUCCUGUUGUCAAUCUGCUCCCUUCUGUGUGACCCGAAUCCAGACGACCCGUUGGUACCAGAGAUCGCACACACCUACAAAGCAGACAGGGAAAAGUAUAACAGACUAGCAAGGGAAUGGACACAAAAGUAUGCAAUGUGAGAGAACCUGUGAAAUUAAAACAAAGAAGCAAAGAAACACAAUGAAAUGUUUUACAUUAACACUAGCAGAGAGGACAAGAGAGGGGGAAAACAAAUAAACCACACACUCUGAAGAGAGAGACACCAGUGCUACCUGGCUGCUGACUGCUGAGCGUCUGCCAUGUGCCAUUUACCAUGACUUGUGUGGGUCUGCCAUGCAUAGCCUGAGGGAACAGCGCAACACCACCUUAGAGGUGGAAGUAACCUCCUCAUCUCUGAGCGCCCCAGGCCACCACCCUGGAAGUGGAAUUGUCUUUUACUGUUGUUAUUGUUAUUAUUAUUAUUAUUAUUAAUAUUAAUAUUAUUAUUAUUACUGUUACACUGAAUGCUAAAUAUUGGGUUGAGAAGUUGAAGGGUCUCGAGUUACUUGACACUCCUCCUUUUCAUACAGUACUGUCUGAGACCCUCUGGAUGUCGUGUGUUACUGUAUGUGUAUGUAUGCUGUGGCUCUCUGCCAUAUUAACGUGAGCAGCCUUUCCUUAGAUGUUAUUCGACUGAGACAAACCACCCAGCAUAAAAUGGAGCAGGGACAAACUCAUCUGCGUCUGGCAGCUUGACUUUGUGGAUCACACCGGGCCUGACGGACACGGUCCCACUGCAGAAAGUGUCAUAGCCUAUGAGUGUAGUGGGCAGAAUCAGGCAAUAGUUUUAUAUUCAACAAGGCUCAGUUUAAUAAGGCAGACCACUAUAUGCACAUUUAUACAUAGGUGCACUAGUAUUUGGGGGUAGUUGUGUUUGUGCAGUGACAGGCAAGCAUCCUUUUCUUCUCCCCUAUAUGUGAGACAACUGGAGUUUGCUGCCCUUAGCAGGGAUGAAGCCUUUGGUCAUGGCGACAUGGGAGAACAGACUUUUCUGGAACAGAAGCCACCUGUGUUCUCCAUUGUACAAUCUCACUUCCACCACAAAGAGCCAUGUAGGGUUGGCAUCCAACUGUGAUGUGGCACUCUGACCUUUGACAUGGGAAGUGCUCACUCCUUAGAGCGUAGCUGGACUCAUAGCCAUACAGCUGGACAGAGCAUCAGCCUCUGACUGCUGGGCCUCACCCAUCGAUUGCUACUCAGAUCAUCUGACUGUAAUGGGCUGCUGAUAUUCAACUGUUUUUAAACUAGCUGUUAUUUGCUUUUUGUGGUGUGAGAUAAAGAACCACACUAUUUGCAUUGCACAGAGCUGCUGGUUCAAUUCAAAAGGUACUCUCUUUCUCCAUGAGACUUGCAUUGAGCAGGAUCAGAGAAGAGUCCUGUUUCAGCGUCCCUUUUAAUUUAAACCACCAUUUAGUGAAUGGCCAUGUCUUGCCAAACACUUAUAGUUCAUUAAACAAACAGCAACCUUGUAUGCUGUAAAGUUUUUGAGAAGAUAUUGGAUGUAACUGGAAAAAAUGACAGGCUAGUUUUAACAAUUUGUCUAGUUGAAAUUAACAUUGUGUCAGUCUCUUUUGAAGAGUUUGGGGGUUUGAAACACUUAUUCCCCCCCAUUCUGAUCCGACGCUUACUGCUGAGACCUGUUGCAAGCCCAUUACUCUUACGCAUGCUUUCUUAUUUCAGAUGUCAGAUUAAGCCAAUGUGCUAACUUGCAUUUUUUGAAUGCUGACUUUAAAUGCCGUUCUCAGCCUGGUCUACUGUGAAGUCAUUCAGAACAUUUCAUAUAUGUUUCUAAAUAGAGGAGUUCUCACAGCAAAUUUUUGUCUGCUGCAGCUUUUUGUGUGUGUUAACUACUGGCCCCAAUGACAUUUGGGCCAGCUUUUCGACUCAAGUUGAUCUACAGCUGUUUAUGUGCCAUUCUGAUAACUUUAAUAUACUUUGCGUAUAGCCAUUUGCAAAUUCUGCACAAAACUCAGCAAGCACAUUGUGUUUAAAGUGCUAGAUUGUGGGUAUGAGGGUCAUGGGUUUGGAUUCAAGGUAGUUACACUAUUGUCAAACCAUAGAGCAAGGCACACUACCUCAUUUGCUCAAGUGAAAAAUCUAUUUAUAUGGGUUGCAGACAGCUCAAUAUUUAACAUUGUAGAAGUUAGCUAAGUUUAUUGUAAUUUCAAGUAAGAUAAAAUCAAACUGCCAAUUUGCAAAUGGAAAUGAAGGGAGCUUCAUUAUGCUCUGGCAAAAUUUUGAUGGAAAGACCAAAAAAUGUGUGGAAACUCCUCUAUUGAUAAUUUUACCUCUAACACUAACCAUUACCGUUUGUUAAAAUCAAAUUUAAAAGACCCACGUCAAAUGUCCCCUUGUUAGUUACAGUGAGUGUGCACAGUAAUCUGCUAGUGUAUUUAAGCAAUGCAUAUGUUUGCUUUCCAUAAUUUCUUGAAGAUGUGUUUACUAUAAUGAAUGUAUCCAGGUGAUAGUUUUUUGCGGAUACAAUUAAACUGAAAUGCCUAUCAGUGUGAUUUUCCUGCCCGCAACCAUUGCAGACAAAGCCCCUUCUUAACUAUUUCACUCAGUUCAGUUCCUGAAAGUAAAAGUGUGGAACAUGUGCAUUUUAUUUACAGCUGAGGUUACUUUCUGUCCUUGCAGGACCAGAAUAUGCACUUCUGCAGUAGUAGAAAGGUGACGUGGUCGUCUAUUAUUGCAGAGUGCACUAAAAUGAGCAACUGUUUACCAAACGCAAUGGCUUGAACCAACUCCACUUUCAUAAUACCUUGUUGGUCAGUAUGAAAACUGCAGCUCUCUGUGGUCAUUAAUUGACCUGCUCAGUAGUUCAGGCAGCUACAGGGGUUGGAACAGCCCACUCACAGCAUGUUCGACCCCAACACACACUCUGCCCCCUGGUUCUUUUACCAGGGACUGGAUGACACAGGAGUACUUCAUUCAAUCUUUCAAAAGGGCUGAGGUCCCCCCCCCCAGCUAUUCAUAAUUUCUUUUUUCUCAAGUGCAUGUUACUUUUGUUCGCAUAAUCAAGGCUAUGAUUAUGAUUUUGGCACCCCCAUUUGUUUGCUAGUCAGCAUACUGUGCAGGUUCAAAGCAGAAGUAAAAGGAGGGAAAUGUCACCCAACAGGAUCCUCAGCAUACCUUUGGUAUUCAAGAAUGCAGUUUGAAUGUACCUUUUACACAAGCUGAGUAUUUUUGUGACGGGAGAACUAUGAUUGGUUGUUUUGUGUUUUAAUUCACUGGAAAGGUCACUAACUGUAGUUCACAUGUUGUGUUCUUUGUAUUUAUUUUAUUUAUUUGCUAUUUAUUUUGUCUUCCAGUUGUCAGUUUGAGUGCAAGCAGCCUCAAUUCAUAGCCUGUUCCUUUCAGUAUCAUAUAUUGGUGGAUUAUCCCAUUGAUUGGUGCUGUGUGUUCUCUUGGAGGAGGCAAGCAGUUUACUGGUAUUCUCCACACACUAAAAAGUAACUUUUUACAGCCAUCUGCAAGAUUUCAGGGAUUUCAUUAGUCCAUUUGCCUCUCUUCUGACACCUCUGAUGACAUCUUAGCCUUAACUGUUGUGUUAUCCUGUACAUAGAUACUGUAAAAUUUCAGUCAGGGCUUUAUUAUUUUCUACAAACCAAGUGGGGGAGGGCCACAUUUCAUUUUAGCAGGAGUACAAGGAGAAUUUUUACCUAGUUUUUUGUUUGUUCUUUCUGUUUUCCAAUCGGCGGCCUUGCUAACUUGACAUCCUGGAUAACCCGGUUUGAACUGUACGAAAGCCUCCCCACUUUGAUCAUGGUUGUGUCUAUGUGCUGAAGCUCCUUCUCCUGUCACCAACACCACUUUCCUCCCAUUGCAUUCAGGUUUGGCUUGACUGAGAGGAAGCCCCAAGGUGUCAAUACUAAAUUAAUAAAGCUCCUUUUGUUUUA